AUGGAAGAAGCAGCGGAUGAAAAACGCGAGGAUAAGCUUCUUAUCCCCCACGACGAGCCAUGCUCAUCCCGGGCUCAGGGAAAAGCUCCUUCAUCUAAGUACGAACGGUGUUCGUCGUCAGCGCAACGUGUGGCGUUAGAACGGCUUGUAAGGGGACAAGGCUUACAGCUUAAGCUCCUAAUGGCCGAGAAGGAAAAGACAAUGGCGGAAGCUGAGCUAAAGUGUAAGUUGGCCGCGUUGGAAAUCGAACAUGAGGCACAAAUAAAUGAGUUGGAAGACGCGAGUGAUUUUGGAGGUUCCAGCGUUAGUGGCUACGCGAAAACGUCUGAGUGGAUGCAACGUCAAUCCGAGUUUUUUGAGCCGCAAGCAUGUUCCAGCAACAAACCCGUUCAGCAGCAUGCGGAAGCACCACGUGACCAAAAAACCGACGAUUUGGAAUGGAGACCUACCGCCGACCACAUAGCAGCCAGACAGGUAUGGCCUAAAAAGUUACCAGCGUUCUCAGGCAAGCCGCGCGAGUGGCCAAAGUUUUAUUGCUAUUUUGUGGAAUCCACAAAAGCGUGCAAACUCUCGCCGGCGGAAAAUGUAGCAAGAUUGGAGGAGUGUCUCAAAGGACCAGCGCGGGAAGCGGUCGAAGGGUGGCUUGACAACCCGUCGUCAGUGUCACUCAUAGUCAAAACACUGAAGAGGUUAUACGGGCGACCUUCACUUGUCGUUAAGGAUUUGGUAACGAAGGUCAGAGGAAUACCAGCACCAAAGCCGGAAAGACUCGAUGAGCUGAUUACUUUUGGCCUGGCCGUACAACACCUCUGCUCCUACUUAAAGAACGAAGACCUUGCGCAUUAUCUCACCAACUCCGAGCUGUUGGAAGAAAUGGUGGAAAAAUUACCUGCAUCGCGACAAUUGGAGUGGGUACGAUACAGUCGAAAGUGCAAGUUACCUACCAUGAAAGAGUUCGGUGCUUUCAUGGACGUACUAGUGGAUGAGUCUUGCGAGGUGACUAAGUACAACCCACAAAAGCCCGUCAUUGAAAAGACGAUACAUCGUACAAAUGUGCACAACUCUAGUCCGCACUUGAAUGACGUUUCCGUGACACAUGACAAGCCAGUUCAAGAGCUGAAAACACCACCAGCCACAACGUAUUCGACGCCGUGCCACCAUUGCAAGAAGCCAGACCACAAGGUGAGACAAUGCGAAGCGUUCAAGAGCAUGUCUCCCGUCGAACGGUUAGAGGCUGUGACACGGAUGAAAGUCUGCAUUAACUGUCUGGCUGACCACGGUACUAAACCAUGCCGAUCACGAUACUCCUGUGGCGUUCCGGGAUGUGGAGAACGGCAUCACAGCCUGUUGCAUCAGAAGAAGGAAGAUAUAUCGAAGUCAGCCAAAACCGCACAGUGCCAGACACAUCAACACGUGGCGAAAACAACCCUGUUUCGCGUGGUGCCCGUAACUAUCCACAACGGGGAAAAGCGAGUCGACACACACGCGUUUCUAGAUGAAGGAUCAUCGGUGACCUUGGUAGAAGCCUCUCUAACGGCGAGUUUGGGGAUCAAAGGAGUACCUGAGCCACUGGAGCUGAAUUGGACAGCCAACGUAAAGCGUAUAGAAGAUGCCUCCCAACGGAUCAGCCUAGAGAUCUCAGCACGGGGAGGCGAGCGGCGCUAUCUCAUAGCGGCCGCUCAUACCGUGAACCAGCUAAGUCUCCCCUCUCAGAGCGUUAAAAUAAAUACACUGAUAAGUUCUUAUGACUACUUGCAGGAUCUUCCAGUCCACCAAGGCGAGGAAGGUGUUCCACAAAUUCUCAUCGGGCUGGAAAACGUGAACCUGAUGAAGCCGUUGGAUACUCGGGCGGGUCAGCCGGGACAGCCAAUCGCCGUAAAAACGGUACUGGGCUGGGCUAUCUACGGUCCCCAUGAGACAAACAACCUUACCCGUCAACCAGCAAUAUGCAGCGUGCACAACGUAGAACAGCGAGCCAAUAGGGAAAAUGAUACACUGAACGAAAUGCUCCGCCAGUACUUCACGUUGGAAGAAACAGUCGUGACUAGCUUCGGCGAAUACUUGCCAGAACCACAAGACGUAGUGCGAGCCAAACAACUUCUUGAAAGUACAACAGAGAAGAGGGACGGUCGCUUCACAACGGGACUGUUAUGGAAAUCACAUGACGUAACCCUCCCUACUAGCCUUGCGAUGGCGACGAAACGACUACAUGCACUAGAGCGAAAGCUGGAGCAAGACCCACAGCUGAAGAAAACAGUGCACGAACAAAUGCACAUGUACAUCGAUAGAGGCUACGCACACCGAGCAACCGAAGAGGAAUUAGCAGCAGCUAAUCCUAAACGUAUCUGGUACCUCCCGCUAAACGUGGUUGGACACCCUCAUAAGCCAGACAAAAAACGUCUUGUUUGGGAUGCGGCGGCAAAAGUGCAAGGAGUUUCACUAAAUUCGUGCCUGCUGAAAGGACCGGAUUUGCUGGCAAUGCUCCCCGGAGUAUUGUGUGUGUUUAGACAGAGGAAGAUUGCAUUCGGAGGAGACAUAGAAAAGAUGUUCCAUCAGAUCCGCAUUCGACCAGAAGACACCCACAGUCAGCGUUUCCUGUUUCGCUUCGACCAGAGUAAAGAUCCAGACAUAUAUCUGAUGGACGUCGCUACAUUUGGAGCAACGUGUUCCCCUUGCUCUGCCCAAUAUGUCAUGCACCGUAAUGCCGACGAGCAUGCGAAGACAUAUCCGAUUGCUGCAGCCGCGAUUAAACGUUCGACCUACGUCGACGACUAUUUCGACAGCUGCGAUACGCGAGAAGAAGCUAUCGACCGAGUAAGACAAGUGAAAUUCAUACACUCUCAAGCCGGCCUCAACAUGCGCAACUGGGUCAUCGCCCCAAGACCCGAACCUGUGCGGCUGCCACCUAGCGGUGGUUAG